GUGGAGCUGGUGAGGCCUGGCGACGCGGCCAUCGAGAUCGGCUGCCACGAGGGCAUCACGACCGCGCUCCUGGCUGGCCGCUGCGGCAGCAGCGGCGCCGUCGUCGGCGUGGACCGGGCCACGGACGUGAUCAAGGCGGCCCGCGCCCGCUUCCCCGCGCUCGCGUUCGAGGCCGCGGACGGGCCGGCGGAGCUGGCGCGGCUGCUGGCGCCGGAGGCGGGCGCGGAGGCGGCGGCGACGCCGCCGGCGCCGCUGCUGCCGAGCGGGCGGUGGCCGAGCGUGGCGUUCCUGGACCUCGGGGGGGACGCGCAGCUGUCGGCGGUGCUGCGGGCGGUGGAG